AUGGCCGCCAGGCCUAGCCCCGGCAGCACGAGCCCCUCGAACUUGUCCAACAGCCCCUUCCCCCACGGCUCCCACAGCAGCUCCACAUCCUCUUCCCCGCCAAAACCCUUUGCUUCGCACAAGACGAUGACGGCCGACGUCUUCGCAUCGCACAUGUACGGCCUGCCAGUCGCAAUCGGCGAGCGCAGGCCCGUCGAAAAGAGCCCUGGACAAAAGGCCCGCCACACCAUCCUGUUGCGCAAGCUGCCGAGCAGCAGCGACCGCGAGGCGGUGCGCAACAUCCUCCUCUUCGCCAAAGAUCUAGUCGACUGCGAGCUCGUUUCGCACCCUAGGCACGCCGACGACAAGGGCUUCGCCUGUGCUCUUGCCCACUUCCAAACCCUCGAGGGCGCACGUGAGGCGCGCGACCUACUCAACGGCAAGCGCAAUGCCACCAACGACGCGACGCUGGUCGUCGAGAUGAUACACGAUGGCCCGCCUGGUGCCAUCGGUUCGCGUCGCAACACAGUCGACAGCACACCCGCGCGAUCAGCCCCGCCCUCGGCCGCCAUGCAGGCCCCCGCUGCAAACGGCCGUCAGUCUUCGCGAUACAACGGCACCUUCCAAAACAUGGAGAAGAUGUCCCCACCCAACGGGACCCCGGGUCUUGGCAACGGGGAAUUCCCCGUCACCAACCUCUUCUCGCCGACAUCCCCCGUCAACACCUCCUUCACCAGCCGCAAUGUGGGCAAGUCAAUCAUCAACAACGAGGCUGAUGAUGACGAUGGCCUGCUCAACGAAUCCAUUGGGUACGCCACGGCUGGUCCACCCCUACAGUCCAACCUGCAGCGCCGUGCCACCAACCCAAACACCUCUUCCAUCCCGACGGGCGUCCAGCAGCGCUUUGCCUCUCUUUCCCUCAACACAAACGGCGUCACAGGCAUGAAAUCCCCCCCGCUUUCCAAUUACGCCUCUCCCCGCUCGACAUCCAACAUGCAAUCGCCGGGCCCCUCCAUGUCGGCCAUGUCACCACACAGCCUUCCUUCUGCCUUGAGCAAUGGACCAAGUACAGGCUACCAGCAGUACUCCCAGCAUUUUGCCAGGCCUACCUAUCCACCAGUGAACCCGGCUGAUCAAAAUCCGCCAUGCAAUACUCUCUAUGUUGGGAACCUACCCAUGGAUACAUCUGAAGACGAGCUCAAAGCCGUCUUCUCAAAGCAGCGUGGAUACAAGCGCCUCUGCUUCCGCACCAAGCAGAACGGGCCCAUGUGUUUUGUCGAAUUUGAGGACACGUCGUUUGCUACCAAGGCCUUGAACGAGCUCUACGGAUACAUGCUCCACAACAGCGUCAAGGGUGGCAUUCGCCUCAGCUUCUCAAAGAACCCCCUAGGUGUUCGUAGUGGUCAGAACUCUGGCAUGGGCCCGCAGUCUGCCAUUACUCCCACUACCCCUCUUUCCGGGUUUGGUAACAAUGUCGUAGCCCCCCCGGGCUUCUCCACGGCUACUGGCCCACCACCAGGACUAUCUGCACCCCCAGGGUUAUCCGCUUCACUCCACACCAACGGUAGCUCUGGCUUUGGAGUCCAUUCCAAUGGCGGCUUUGGAAUGAAUCCCAACGUCAUGGCCGGUGGGAUGCGCCAGCCACUAGCAUCCAGUGGCGCUGGCAACGGCUUCGGAGGCUACUCCACAUACAUGAUGGGGCGCUAG